GACCCUCUUCCCCUGGUACUAACAUUGCCUGGGUCGAGACGGAUCCACGAGGGAGAUCGAGUCAGUCUGUAUCAAAACACCAGCUGAGAGACCAACAACUGCUUGACAUGUGUUUCGAAUGUCACCCUAAACUCAGUACCCCGGGGUUCUCCUCCGGCUCCUCCCCAGAGAAAUGUGCGGCCCCCAGUUGAAGGCUGAAACACCACCAUUGUCUGGUUUCUUAUCAGUCGGCGCGGUGCUGAUUAAUCACCCCCGCUGGCUCGCGCAACGGGCCGCCGCGAUGGACAGGCUUUUCCUCUGCUUGGUUAGGGUCAAACACCUAUCUACAUUGCGGUAUGGACUACAGAAGCGAGUCCUACGAAGAUGACGGUCCCCUACAUGAGCACACUCCCAUGCUCAAGGGCCGUGCCCGUGAAGGGCAAUCAGUCUAUGGGCUCCGUGCCGAGCUCUGGCUCCUGCUGAGCCAGUCUUCCCCUCUCGUCAUCACGUAUCUAUUGCAGUUCCUCCCCUCGAUCUUGACCACGCUGAUUGCUGGCCAUCUGAGUGCCGAUGACCUCGCGGCAGCCAGCAUCAGCGGGACAACUGUCGCCAUCUGUGGCUCUGCCUUUAUCACAGGCAUGGCCACGGCGCUAGACACCCUGUGCGCGCAGACCUACGGCGCUGGCAACCGGAUUGGAGUCGGCAUCCACGUCCAGCGGAUGAUCCUCCUCAUGACGGCCAUCUGCAUCCCGAUCGGCGUCCUCUGGUGGCUCUCGCCCUCUCUCUUGCCAUUGGUUGUCAAGCAGCCCAAUCUUGCCGUCAAGGCUGGGUCCUUCCUCCGCGUCAGUAUCAUCGGGCUACCAGGACAGGCCUUUUACGAAGCCGGAAAGCGAUUCCUGCAGGUCCAGGACGACUACCAGGUCGCCAUGGUCCUUGCGCUGGCUUGCACACCAUUGAAUAUCCUCCUGAGUUGGGCCUUUGCCUUUCCGCUAGGCAUGGGGCUGGAUGGGGCAGCCCUAGGUUCUGCCAUAACUCAAGUCCUUCGGAGUUUCCUGUUACUCCUAUACAUUAUCCGAUACGCAAAAUGGUCCCACAGCUGCUGGGGCGGGCUGUCGCGCGACGCUCUCACAGAUUGGUAUCCCAUGGUUGUUUUAUCAAUGGCCGGUUCCGCCGCUGUGCUGAGCGAAUACGCUGCAUUCGAGAUCAUCACCUUCAGCUCGUCCUACCUGAGCACGGCGCACUUGGCCGCGCAAUCCGUCCUAACCACCAUCUCCAUUGUCAGCUGGCACGCCCCAUUUUCAGUCAGUGUAGUCUCGAGCACGCGAAUCGGCCACCUAGUAGGAGCAAGACAGGCGACGACCGCUCGCCGUGUGUCCAUCAUCCACGGCUUCGUCUUCCUAGGUGUAGGCUUCCUGAACGCAUUAAUAACGAUCAUAUUCCGCAAUCAACUACCUCAAAUUUUCACCCGCGAUCCGCAGACUCUGGAUAUCUGCGCCAAGUCCAUCCUCGCCGUGUCCGUCUUCCAGAUCGCAGAGGCACUCAUGUGCGGAACGAACGGCAUUCUCCGGGGUCUAGGCCGGCAAUCCUUUGCCGCUUGCGUUGUCUUUAUCGUCAAUUAUCUCGGUGCCGUGCCGCUCGCUCUCUGGCUACAGCUCGGCUCGCCUGGCUGGGGGCUCAACGGGUUCUGGCUCGGUCUACCAAUCGGUAUGAUCGCGAUUGCCGGCAUUGAGGCUGUAUAUAUGAAGUUCAUUAGAUGGGAUACAUAUGUCGAUGAGGCUGGACCAACGGAUUGAGAGUCAUGUCAAUUGGAGAUAUCGAUAUCAUGGCUAUGCCAUGCUCUUCACUUAAAAAUUAGAAUUCAUCAUAGAAGUCAUUGACUCGAUUGCAUUCACGUUCUGGG